AUGAGGGCGGAGCGCAGCGAGCUGGAGGUGCUCCUGAAGGGCUUCGUGGCGGGCCUGGUCCAGGGGCAGACCCUCCCAGUGGUCACAGGCGGAGGGCUCGCGGAGGACUGCAGGUUGUCGCUGAGCGAGAACCUGCUCUACUUCAGGCUGGAGACCUCGAGCGCCCUGCACGAGAUACCGCUCAGGAACGUCCGGAGGGUCUGGCCCGGCCAGUGGAUCGCGAAGAGCGCGGCCCCCGCGGAGCUCGACGACCUCUGCGACACGCUGGUGCUGCGGAACAACGAGUGCGUCACCUUCCGGAUGCGGAGCGUGAAGGAGCGGUACGACCGAAAUGGUGGCGGAAACGGUGAUCUCAAGCCUGCGAUUUCAGUUGAUGAUGGCAAGCCCGCGAUGUUCGAAGGCCUGACGUACACGGCGAGCUGGCAGAGGAGUCGAUUCGGAUACUGCCAGAACUGCCAGCAAGGGGAGCCGGUUCGUGAUUGGAGCGCGACGACUUCGCCAAGUGCGUGCAGGUCUUGA